GGCUGUGGUGGAGGCUGUGCAUCGACUUGACCUCAUCCUUUGCAACAAAACCGCUUAUCAGGAAGUGUUCAAACCAGAGAACAUUAGCCUGAGGAACAAGUUGCGUGAGCUCUGCGUCAAGCUUAUGUUCCUGCACCCAGUGGACUACGGGAGGAAGGCUGAGGAACUGCUGUGGAGAAAGGUGUACUACGAAGUGAUCCAGCUCAUCAAGACGAACAAAAAGCACAUCCACAGCCGGAGCACCUUGGAAUGUGCCUACAGGACACACCUGGUCGCCGGUAUUGGCUUCUACCAGCACCUCCUUCUCUACAUCCAGUCCCACUACCAGCUCGAACUGCAAUGCUGCAUCGACUGGACCCACGUCACCGACCCCCUCAUAGGGUGCAAGAAGCCAGUAUCUGCGUCAGGGAAGGAGAUGGACUGGGCACAGAUGGCAUGCCACCGAUGUCUGGUGUACCUGGGGGACCUGUCGCGGUAUCAGAAUGAACUGGCUGGUGUAGACACCGAGCUGCUGGCCGAGAGGUUCUACUACCAGGCCCUGUCAGUGGCUCCCCAAACCAGCUGGGCACCCUUGCGGGCAGCAAGUACUACAACGUGGAAGCCAUGUACUGCUACCUGCGCUGCAUCCAGUCAGAAGUGUCCUUUGAGGGGGCGUAUGGGAACCUCAAGCGGCUGUAUGACAAAGCAGCUAAGAUGUACCACCAGCUAAAGAAGUGUGAGACCCGGAAACUGUCUCCCAGCAAGAAGCGGUGUAAAGACAUUAAGAGGUUGCUGGUGAACUUCAUGUAUCUGCAAAGCCUUCUGCAGCCCAAAAGCAGGAGCGUGGACUCGGAGCUGACCUCACUGUGCCAGUCAGUCCUGGAGGACUUCAACCUCUGCCUCUUCUACCUGCCCUCGUCUCCCAACCUCAGCCUGGCCAGCGAGGAGGAGGAGGAGUAUGAGAGCGGAUACGCUUUCCUGCCAGACCUCCUCAUCUUCCAGAUGGUCAUCAUCUGUCUCAUGGGCGUACACAGCUUGAAGAGGGCAGGGUCCAAGCAGUACAGUGCAGCCAUUGCCUUCACCCUGGCCCUCUUCUCCCAUCUCGUCAAUCACGUCAACAUACGGCUGCAGGCCGAGCUGGAGGAGGGCGAGAACCCCGUCCCGGCAUUCCAGAGCGAUGGCACUGAUGAACCCGAGUCCAAGGAACCCCUGGAGAAGGAGGAGGGGCCGGAUCCCGAGCCUCCUCCCACAGCACCCCCAGCUGGUGAGAGCAAGAAAAGCCGUAAGUUCUCCCGCCUCUCCUGCCCCCGCCGCCGGCGCCACCCACCUAAAGCUGGUGACGACAGUGACCUGAGUGAAGGCUUUGAAUCGGACUCAAGCCAUGACUCGGCCCGAGCCAGUGAGGGCUCGGACAGUGGCUCUGACAAGAGUCUCGAAGGUGGGGGAACGGCCUUUGAUGCCGAGACAGACUCAGAGAUGAACAGCCAGGAGUCCAGGUCAGACCUGGAAGAUAUGGAGGGUGAGGAGGGGACACGGUCCCCAGUUCCAGAGCCGCCUCGGGCCAGGUCCGAGGCCCCUGAUGCCCUCAAUGGCCCGCUGGGCCCCAGUGAGGCUAGCAUUGCCAGCAACCUGCAAGCCAUGUCCACCCAGAUGUUCCAGACCAAGCGCUGCUUUCGACUGGCCCCCACCUUCAGCAACCUGCUCCUCCAGCCCAGCACCGAGUCGCACAGCCUGGCCAGCCACAGGCCCUGUGUCAACGGCGACGUGGACAAGCCCUCGGAGCCAGCCUCUGAGGAAUGCUCCGAGUCGGAGGGGAGUGAGUCCAGCGGGCGCUCCUGUCGGAACGAGCGCAGCGUCCAGGAGAAGCUGCAGGUCCUGGUGGCCGAAGGCCUGCUUCCCGCCGUGAAAGUCUUCCUGGACUGGCUGCGGACCAACCCCGACCUCAUCGUCGUGUGUGCGCAGAGCUCCCAGAGUUUGUGGAACCGCCUGUCUGUGUUGCUGAAUCUGUUGCCAGCUGCUGGCGAACUCCAGGAGUCUGGACUGGCCUUGUGUCCUGAGGUCCAGGACCUUCUUGAAGGUUGUGAACUGCCCGAGCUCCCCUCCAGCCUGCUGCUCCCAGAGGACGUGGCGCUUCGUAACCUGCCCCCGCUCCGGGCUGCCCAUAGACGCUUCAACUUUGACACAGAUCGGCCCCUGCUCAGCGCCUUGGAGGAGUCGGUGGUGCGCAUCUGCUGCAUCCGCAGCUUCGGCCACUUCAUCGCCCGCCUGCAAGGCAGCAUCCUGCAGUUCAACCCCGAGGUCGGCAUCUUCGUGAGCAUCGCCCAGUCUGAGCAGGAGAGCCUGCUGCAGCAGGCCCAGGCCCAGUUCCGCAUGGCACAGGAGGAAGCUCGGCGGAACAGGCUGAUGAGAGACAUGGCUCAGCUACGGCUCCAGCUUGAGGUCUCCCAGCUGGAGGGCAGCCUGCAGCAGCCCAAGGCCCAGUCGGCUAUGUCUCCCUACCUCGUCCCCGACACCCAGGCCCUCUGCCUCCACCUCCCUGUCAUCCGCCAGCUGGCCACUAGUGGCCGCUUCAUUGUCAUCAUCCCAAGGACAGUGAUCGACGGCCUGGAUUUGCUGAAGAAGGAACACCCAGGGGCCCGAGAUGGGAUCCGCUACCUGGAGGCCGAGUUCAAGAAAGGGAACAGGUACAUUCGCUGCCAGAAGGAGGUGGGGAAGAGCUUGGAGCGGCACAAGCUGAAGAGGCAGGAUGCAGACGCCUGGACUCUCUAUAAGAUCUUGGACAGCUGCAAACAGCUGACUCUGGCCCAGGGGGCAGGUGAGGAGGACCCAAGUGGCAUGGUGACCAUCGUCACGGGCCUUCCACUGGACAGCCCCAGCGCACUCUCAGGCCCCGUGCAGGCAGCCCUGCAGGCCGCUGCCCAUGCCAGUGUGGACGUCAAGAAUGUUCUGGACUUCUACAAGCAGUGGAAGGAGAUGGGCUGAGAUUGACCGCAGGCCCUGCAGUGGGGCUGACUCCAGAUCUCCUGCCUUCCCUGGCAGCCGGGACCACCACCUGUAGUCACCCCCGCACGCAGACUCACGCACACACACAGAAGGAAGCCCAGUGGGCCCAGUGGCGCAGAGGCUGCAGGGAGGGCCCAGGAGCGGGCUGGGAGGGUGGGGUGCCCCUGUUGCCAAGACGACGUCAGGGAAGUGAGAAGGUGCUUGGAGUAGGCGAGGCCUGCGGGCCCAGAGCCAGCCGUCCUGCCUCAGCUCCCUGCUGCUGUCCCUAGGGCUGCUGGCAGGCGGGUCUGCUUCAUUGGAG